AGAAAAUCUUUUCGGUACGUAACAUUUUUCAACAAUAAUCAGAAGUUUUUAUUUGUUGCUCAACCUUGUCCCGAUUAUGGAGUCUAUUCUGAAAGCAGUGCGUUUUGGUUCCUCCGGUUUGUUUGGUCGCUUAAAACAUAAAAAAUUGCCUGAGGAAUGGGAUGAUACAAUUAAAGAACCUGUUUUGGAUGGAAUAACAUUUUAUGUCAAGUAUCUCGGAAGUACACUUGUUGAUGAGCCUAAUGAUCAGCAAACAACUGCUGAUGCAAUUAAAGCAAUCAUUACAAUGGCUAAAUCAAGUGCCAGGAAACUUCCUAGGGUAGCACUGACUGUUAAUCCAAAAGGAAUUGUAACAAGAGAUCUGAGUACUGGUGAAAAGCAUUUAGAUUUUUCUAUAUAUAGGAUCUCAUUUUGUUCAGCAGAUGCCAAUUAUGACCGUGUUGUUGCCUUCAUAGGAACAAAUAAAAAUGAAACACUGGAAUGCCAUGCAUUCCUUUGUUCAAAGCGUAAAGUUGCUCAAGCUGCUGCUUUGACAAUAUCCCAGGCUUUUAAUAUAGCAUUUGAUCUGUGGGAACGAGCCAGGGAAGAAAGAUCUAGUCAUAAUAGUGAGGAAAGAAAAAGCACUGAAAUGGUCAAUGAUGUUACCAUACCUGGUUAUAAUAGCAAUAGUCGGACGUCAUGUACCAAUGAAACAGCAAUGUUGAUUGAUUUAAGCAUGGAUAGUCAUUCUGCAUCUGAAACUAUGAAAAAACUAGGUUUUGAAAAUGACCAAAAUCUGGAUGACAGUUUUUCCAGGUUGGCUCAUUCUCGAACUCAUCCAAUGUUUGAUAUAGGCUUGAAAGCAGAGGACCUUCAGGAUCUUCAGCAAUUCAUGCAUAAUCAAAGAAAGGUUAAUGGCAAAGAUUGUUUUUUGGAUGACCAAAUGGAUGAAUUGCUCUCAUUGUAACAGAUUAGGUUGUUGCCUUAUGACAAGUAUUAGUCUUGUCUAUUAAACAAAACUCCAUUUUUUAGCAAAGAACUUUUAAAGAUUAUGAGCCAGGUUAACAAAGAUGAUUCUUAUUUGCAUCUUGAGGUUUUUUCCUAUAUUGAUAGAAAUGAUUUCUCUAUGCAAGAAUAAUGUUAUCAAAUUACAGUAUUAUCGUGUCCUAAUCUUUUCUUUUGCACCCCCAUUCUGAAGAAGAAUUUUAAAUCCGAAAAAAAUUGUUAGACAUAUUUCUUCUGGAUAUUAACUUUUAACCCCUCUUUUUAAUAUUUUUUAUGAGAAUAUUUAUAGUUUUUAUUAAUACAAAAUAUUUAGGUAACUUUAGGAAAAAUCACAGUACAUGUAUGCUUUGAUAAAAAUCAAGUUAUGAAAUGAAUUUAAUUUUAGUAAAUUAUUGUGAAUUUCUACCUGCUGUGUAUUUCGAAGCUAAAUGUUGUUUACAUGGAAUUUUUUAUUGUUAAAAUAAUCUGGCUCUAAAAUAACAUUCUUAUGUUUUUGCAAAAAAUUCCAUAUUUUUAUUUAUGUAUUUAUUAUUUUUGUCAAUUGUAUUAUAAUGUAUUGCUCAGAAAUUUGUGUACUGGUUAGAGAAGAUGAAUUUAUUCUGUGAUUUUUGCAUAACUGUGUAAAAUUGCAAAAUGAAGGGAUUUCUAAACAUUUUCUAAAAUUUUUUAUACUUGAGGAAGCAAUAUUUUUAAAGCUUAAUGUUGAAACUGCACAAGAUUAGCCUUUAUAUUUUCGAUAAGCAUUUUGCAAAAGUUUAAACUCGAUUGAAUAUUAAUGUCCUGUUUAUAAACAUUGUUGUAGACUUGUAGUUAAUUAAAUGGGAAGAUCUCGAUUAUUGAGAUCAUUUGCCAAAUUCUUUAACUUGUUGAAUCUCGCUGCAUUGUUUUAAUUUUUUGUUUUGCAUUUAUGUGAAAAAAAAAAGUCUGUUAGUGAUUUGUUAUGUAAUAUUUACACCUUUUUGUAUCAUAUGCUUAUUCAUUUGAGAAAUUCUAUACCUGUUGAAUGUAACUUUUCAAGUGUUGUGAAUAAUGUGUACAGAAUUUGCUCAUAAUAAAGUAUUCUGCAUAUUUAAUGCAUUUUGAUUACUGUUAAA